AUGAGACAAUCUCAUAUUUUACCACUAGCAUUAUUCUCCUUAUAUUUUCUUACUUUAUUUCUUUCCACCCAAGCUAGGUACCAUUUCCAUACAAAACACAAGCACUCACACUCUCAUAAUUCACCUGAAAUUUCACCAUCUCUAGCCCCAAUGCCUCCACCUUCUUUCACUCCUGAUGAUGCUCCUAGUCCUAGCCCCACUGUUAAUGACAACUACCAUAAUGCAACUAACUUAUUUGAUGUACGAACAUUUGGAGCCAUUGGAGAUGGAAUAAGUGAUGAUACAGAGCCAUUCAAGAUGGCUUGGGACACUGCAUGCCAAAGUGAAUCAGAAGUUAACACUAUCCUUGUUCCCCAUGGUUUCUCCUUCAUUAUUCAAUCUACUAUCUUCACUGGUCCUUGUCAAGCUGGCUUAGUACUAAAGAAGGUUGAUGGUACUCUCAUGCCACCUGAUGGACCAGAAUCUUGGCCAAAGAACAAUAGUAGGCGUCAGUGGCUUGUCUUUUAUAGAAUCAAUGGGAUGUCACUUGAAGGAAGUGGUUUAAUAGAUGGGAGAGGAGAAAAAUGGUGGGACCUUCCUUGUAAGCCUCAUAAGGGACCUCAUGGGACAACAUCCCCUGGACCUUGUGACAGCCCGGUUGCCAUGAGGUUUUUCAUGAGUUCCAACUUGACUGUACAAGGACUUAGGAUCAAGAACAGCCCUCAGUUCCAUUUCAGAUUUGAUGGAUGUCAAAGCGUUCACGUUGAAUCAAUCUACAUAACAGCCCCAGCACUAAGCCCAAAUACCGAUGGAAUACACAUAGAAAAUACCAAUGAUGUGAAAAUAUACAAUUCUGUCAUUUCUAAUGGUGAUGAUUGCGUGUCCAUUGGAUCCGGUUGCCAUGAUGUCGAUAUUAAGAACAUCACAUGUGGACCUGGUCAUGGGAUUAGCAUUGGUAGUCUGGGAAAUCACAACUCUAGAGCAUGUGUUUCAAACAUUACGGUGAGGGACUCAGUUAUAAAAGUGUCAGAUAAUGGAGUUAGAAUAAAGACAUGGCAAGGUGGAUCAGGAUCAGUAUCAGGAGUGACAUUCAGUAAUAUUCACAUGGAUAGUGUAAGAAAUCCCAUUAUAAUUGACCAAUUCUACUGCCUCACUAAAGAAUGCACCAACAAGACCUCUGCAGUAUUCGUAUCGGAUAUAAUUUACACAAACAUAAAGGGAACGUAUGAUAUAAGGCACCCACCUAUGCAUUUUGCCUGCAGUGACUCUAUCCCAUGCACCAACUUGACUCUCUCAGAUAUUGAGCUUCUUCCAGCUCAAGGAGACAUUGUGCUUGAUCCUUUCUGUUGGAAUGCCUAUGGAAAUUCUGAGACACUAACUAUUCCCCCAGUCUCUUGUUUGCUGGAAGGAAUUCCUCAGUCUAUUUCUGGCAAUGACAUAGAUCACUGCUGA